AUGAUUGCAAAAAAAUCAGAAAAUAUACUUCUUAUAAUUUUAAGGUAUUUUCGUGAAGGAAAAUGUUUAGAAGCUAUGAGUUGUUUGAAACGAAUAUUUUCUGGAAAAGAAUAAAGUUUAUUAGGAUUAGAUUUAGAAUAUACAUUGAAACAAUUAAAAUUAGAAAAUGAUUCAGAAGCAUGUAAGAAAUUAAUUGAUUAUGCUCGUUUAAGUCAUCCAGGAUGGGUUGAUUUAUUAUGCAGUUUACUUCAAUAUUAUGUAGAAAGAGAAAGAGGAAAUGCUAAUGUAAUAGACCAUUUCGAAAAUCUAUUUAAAAAUACUAAAUGGCUUCUAGAUGAAUAACGUUCUUAAAUCUAUCAAUUUUUAUGUAAGCAAGUUGUAACUGAACAAUAUAAGAUUGUAUAAAUUAUGAAAAGAAAAGCUAAAGAUUCUGAAGCUGUAAAAAGAGCAUCUCAUGCUUAAGAAACAUUGGAAAGCAAAAGUUUAUAAAUAUUUUAAGAAAUGGGAAGAGAAGUCAAUAUUAAGAAUAUGUAAAAACUUAAAUUAUUAAAUGCUAAUUAAUAAAUGAAGAUAUAUUUUAAAGGUUUUAAAUUUGAUAGAGCUGCUGACUGUGAUAAAGUUGAAAAAGAAUAAAAUCUUCUUUUGACAUCACCUAAAUAAGAUUAAAUUACUUAUCAUUAUUAUAAAGGAAGAAUCCUUAUUUUUCAUUCUAAAUUUGUAGAUGCAUCGUAACAUUUAACAUAAGUUUUAUAAGAAUGUCCAAGAACAUAAAAAGGAUUGUCAUGUGCUAGAUAAGUCUUAAAAUAUUUAAUUCCUAUUAAUAUGUUUAUGGGAAGAUAUCCAAAAAAAGAAUUGAUUGAAUAAUUUAAAGAAUAUGAUUUAUUAUGUACAAGUGUAAAAUAAGGAAAUAUUGCAGGAUUAUAAGAAGCAAUAGAUAAAUAUAGAUCAAUUUGGAUUAAGAGAAGUCUAUUAAUAUUGAUGGAUUAAUUAAAAGUACUUUGUUAUAGGAAUUUAUGUAGAAAAGUUUGGUUAAUUAAUUAAAAGUUGAAUAAAAUAUAUUUGAAUCAAUUUUAAAAAGUACUUUAAUUACUAUAUAGUAUAUCAGGCAUUUCAAAUAUCACAUCCUCAGAAUAGCAACCCUACUAUUUCUGAAGUAUGUUGCAUAAUAGCCAAUCUAAUUUAUUUAUAACUAAUUUAAGGCCAAAUAUAUUUGAAUAAUGUAAAAGAAGUCUAUGCUAUCACUCUCAGUCCAGACCCUUUCAAAAAUAGACCACAUGAAAUCAAUUGGUAAAAUUGAUAUCUGU